ACAAAGCCAACCUUUUACUCUCUAGCUACAUAACUCGAAUUCCUUUUAGUUUUUUUUUUUUUGGUUCUAUUUCGACAAGAGAUACGACCAAAAUGGUGAAAUCUGCUGAUGAUAUUGUUUCACUGAUGAUGGUUCUUUAUCCGGAGGAGAUGAUGCAUGAAAUUAUCGGAGAGAGGAUAGAGAACAUGAAUGUUAAACAUACACAAUUUCGAACGAGUCCUCAAAAACGCCAAACUGUUCGUCGUUUUGAGGUCGGACCAUCUUCGGAAGAGGAGUACGUUCCUAAUAUCUUUGGGGAUGCAGUGCCAAGAAAGAAGAGAAGUCCUUGUCACCGAUCAUCUUCUUCUCGCACCAUGACAACAACACGGACGCGUGCCAUCGAACAACAAAGAUCAAUCACUUCCGUGGAACCAGUACUACAAAACCCUAAUCCGGGUUUAGAGUCUUCUCCUUCUUCUUACGUUAGUCGUCGUCGUUCCAAGGAAAAACGUCCCAUUAACGUGAAAGAGAGAAGUCGAAAGAAACGCAAAGUCGUUAGUCCUUUAGAGGUGGAACCAAUUCAAACAACUCCACCGGAUUGGCUUUUGAACGUGAUGAGGAGAGAAGAGAACGGCUACAAUCCGAAGCUGAUCUCAACGAGGAAAAUCUUUCAGACUGAUCUCGGAACACAACAAGCACGUCUCUCAGUCCCUUUUAAGCAGGUUAUCAAUCCGGACUUUUUGACAGAGAAAGAGACAAGAAUCUUAAAUGAAAAUGCAAUGAAGAUUCGUGACGAUGGUGUGAGUGUGGAUUUGGUGGAUCCUAAUCGGAAGAAGCAUGAGCUUGAGUUGAGGAAGUGGAAGAUGAGUGGAAACUGGUAUUAUAACUUUGUUAAAGGUUGGAAAAAUGUGCUUGGUGCUAACAGCUUUGAGGAAAAAGACGUCUAUCCUCUCUGGUCUUUCCGAUCUGGAACAGGUAAACUCUGUUUUGCUCUCACCCCUAAAAUUUCCAGCAACAGCAACGGCUCUACUUCAUGAGAAUCUGGCCGUGGAAACUCUCUUCCUGGGGGCGAUGGCGCUUCGACUACUGGUGAAUCUGGCCAGGUACCUGUUCCUCCUCCUCCGGCAAGAGAGUCUAGUUACUCCGGGCAAGCUUGUUCAGGAGCGAGCAGCUCUAGUUCUUCCUAAUCAUAACUCUGCCUAUUGCUUAAGCCACAAGUAAAAAGGAUUUAGUUUA